UUUUCCUCCAACCAAUUAUCUAUACUCUCUCUACAUCUUUUCUUUCUACAUAGAUAACAAUGGUAGUGCCUUCUCCAACUUCUAUGAUAAGAACAAAGAAAACAAAAGCAGUUGGAAUUCCGACGAUCGACCUUUCUGUUGAAAGGUCGCAGUUGUCGGAAUUAGUAGUGAAAGCGUGUGAAGAAUAUGGUUUCUUCAAGGUGGUGAAUCAUAGUGUACCAAAAGAGGUUAUUUCAAGAUUGGAUGAGGAAGGAAUAGAGUUUUUCUCAAAGAAUUCUUCAGAAAAAUGUCAAGCUGGUACUUCUACUCCCUUUGGUUAUGGCUGCAAAAAUAUUGGUCCUAAUGGUGAUAAAGGUGAACUUGAAUAUCUUCUUCUUCAUUCCAAUCCUGCUUCAAUAUCAGAGAGAUCCAAAACCAUAGCAAAAGAUCACCCCUUAAAAUUCAGUUGCAUCGUCAAUGAUUACAUAAAAGCAGUUAAAGACUUAACAUGUGAGAUUCUUGAGCUAGCAGCAGAAGGAUUGUGGGUCCCUGACAAGUCCUCACUCAGCAAAAUUAUCAAAGAUGAAAAUAGUGACUCACUUCUUAGAAUCAAUCACUACCCUCCAGUGAAGAAACUAGGGAAUGAGAAUUGGGACCCAUCAAAAAUUCAUAAUAGCAAUAGUAAUAAUAAUAAUACUAUUGGGUUUGGAGAACAUUCUGACCCUCAGAUCUUAACUAUCUUAAGAUCCAACAACGUGGGUGGUCUUCAAAUUUCAACUCACCAUGGUUUGUGGAUCCCUGUCCCUCCUGACCCCAAUGAAUUCUAUGUCAUGGUUGGCGAUGCCCUUCAGGUUUUAACAAAUGGAAGAUUUGUGAGUGUGAGACAUAGAGUUUUGACUAACACAACAAAGCCUAGAAUGUCAAUGAUGUACUUUGCAGCACCACCUUUGAAUUGGUUGAUAAGCCCAUUAUCAAAAUUGGUGACGGCCCAUAGCCCAAGUCUAUAUAGGCCCUUUACAUGGGCCCAAUAUAAACAAGCAGCAUAUGCUCUGAGAUUAGGAGAUACACGUCUUGAUCAAUUCAAGGUUCAAAAGCAAGAAGAUAGCAAUGUUGAACAUGAUUCUCACUCUCUAUGACACUUGAAUUAGGUUUAUUGUUCAUAGUCUUUCUUUUGUAUCAAUUAUUGUUUCUUGUUUUAUAUUUAGUUUUGAUAUUUUUUGGGUUUGAAAAAAAUUUACCUGAGUGAUUUAGUGAUUUGUGUAGGGGGAAGAAAAUUAGUCCAGUUAGUUUUUGUUUUUGAUAAAAAUUUCUCCACCUAGUAGGUAUUGUAAAAUAUAUAUAUAGGUAGUUUUUCAAGUUCUAUACAAGGGAAUUUUGAGGUGAAUGUUGUUCAAUGAAAUCAGCUCCAAAGUCAUUUAUUUUUCUA